CUUUUUGAAAUCACUACGCAAUCCUGAAUUUCAAAAAACAGUGAAGGAGUUGAAGGAAAGAGCAGAAGAGUUCAAAGGUGUUAAAGAGGACCUGAAAGUUAGAACGAAACAGACGACUGAGCAGCUGUAUAAGCAAGUUGAUGGAGUUUGGACUGAGGCUGAAUCUGUGGCGAAAAAGGUCUCUUCAAGUGUGAAAGACAGGCUCUCAGCAGCCACAGAAGAGGUCAAGGAGUCAUUCAAGCUCGGAAAGGAGGAGAAUGCAGAGUCAGCAAGUUCAUCAAGCACAGGAACCACUGAAGGUGAAAAACAACAGCAGCAGCAGCAGCAACAAUCAGGUACGACGGAGGAGCAAAAUACCUUUUUUGGACAGUUCAAAUCCAGCAUUUCUUCCCCAAAACUAUCAGAGGCGUUUCACAAGCUGAAGGAAGCCAAACCCCUUGACUUUGCAAAGAAGGGACUUGACAUUGUAAAGGAUGAAUUGCGUGGAAACCCAUCUAAAAGGAAGCACCUGGAAUAUACUCCUCCACCGCCAUUUACAGGUGAGAGAAGUACGAGAACGGAGAUGGUGGUUACGCCAACAAAACAGUCCAAGUGGCAAAAAAAAUGGGAAUCGUUAAGAGAAAAGAUGCAAGGUUAUCCUAUAUUUAAACGUCUUAGUGGAAUGAGUGAGCCUGUUGUCAACAAGAGCCAAGAGAUUGCAGAAGAUGUGAUGGAAAGAUGGGAAACCAGUGAUAAUCCGAUUGUUCACAAGAUUCAGGACAUGAAUGAGAAGAUCUUUGAGGAAACAGGUUCUGCAUCGACUUACAAAGAGAUACGCCGCCGAGAUCCAUCAUUUUCCUUGCCGGACUUUGCUGUAGAAGUUCAGGAAGCCAUCAGACCAGUCUUGAAUGCAUAUAGUAAGGGAGAUGCUAAGGCCUUGAAGAAGUAUUGCAGCAAGGAAAUGAUUGAACGGUGCUCGGCAGAGCACAGAGCUUUCCAGGCUCAUGGUCUUUUUUUCGAUCACAAGCUUCUGCAUGUAUCUGAAGUUGAUAUUCGAGAGACAAAGAUGAUGGGGAAUUAUCCAGUAAUCAUCGUCACGUUCCAAACGCAAGAAAUCUACUGCGUUCGCGACAAGAAUGGAAAUAUCAAAGAAGGAGGCCAGGACACGAUACACAUGGUGCACUACGACUGGGCAAUGCAACAAGUGGAGGCAUCAGAGUUAGGGGAAGAUGCGAUUUAUCCCAUUUGGAGGCUCAGAGAGAUGCGGAGAAUGGGUAUUCAAGCUCUAAUUUAAAUCUUCUAACUUAUACUAAGAAGCUAAGCCUCUCUAUUUGCAAAUGUACCAUCAUUUACUCAAUCUUGUGUACUCUUUGAAUUUUUAUUUUCUUGUUCUUCUUCUCUCUCGGGAAGGAGUAGCUUCCCAUGUUUCCGGGGAAUAAGUUUUGACAAAUAUAUAAAAUAGUUCCCAAGUCAUUUUCAAGUUUAACGAAGUUUUUUUGUUA